AUGCCAAGCUCUAAAUCAGGGAUCACCCAGCAGCCCAGCAUGGAGCUGCUGUAUGUAACACCUUCCCAAAACUCUGCUCCACCAUCUGGCAUCGGCGCACUGAACACUAAAAAUGAAAAGUCCAGAUUAUGGCCCAUUCAAGGAGCUAAUCGCUCCCCCAAGGUCCUGCAGAUGCUCGCGGCACUUACAGCUUUGGUCUUGGCAGUGCAUUGGUGCAUUCUCCAGAAAAACAACCUUGCCAGCACAAAUGUACUAAUUCGCAGACUGGCCAGUGGUGAAAAGGAAUACAAUCAAGAGGAAAGGGCAGGUAGGGCUGGCAUAGAUGCCUGCGAGACGCUCUACACUGCAGCGGGCUCACAGGAGUUCGGUACUUCUGAGACUUCACCCGCAGCUCAACAAGUGUCAAGGAGAAUGCUCAAUGAAGAGCCAGAAAGAAAAAGAAUGAAACAAAGCGAGGAUUCCAAUGCGGAUCGAGACAGCACAACAGUUCGCAGCGUGGCAGCGAAAGCUAAUGAAUCGGCAAUUUACUCUAUGGAGGGUUUAAAGGCAACACCGCCCCCGCCAAGAGACACAAUUACGGAUUCAUCUUCCCCCCGCAGUGAGAAGGCCGCUGAUAGAAAGCGACGAAACUCCGGGUCAUUUGCGACGACCAGCGGCUUUGCAGUGACUAAACAGGAGUCUGAUGGCAAUUCGGACCUUUCUAACAAACAUUGUAUCAAAAGAAUAGCUCUAAUCAGCACAUUACGCGGAAAGCUUAGUCACUCUCUACAACAUCGCAAGACUUCAGCGCCUGCAGCCAGUAAUUUCACUUCGGCAGUGCGAGGUCCAACCCGUCUACUUCCCAUUGAACCCAAAGGCAAUGGUAUUCCUAGAGCACCGAUCCCGCAACGACAAAAGCCACUUAAAGUUGCAAAAGCUGUAUGUGGGCAGGUCUGCGGGAAAAAUUCUGCAGGUGUAUCGCAGUUGUACGAUGAACAGCAGGGUACCUCGGCAAAUCAAGCCCCGUUCGUUUCACGUGAAAGCAUGUUGAAGCUUUCAGCGCCUUCUACUUCUAAGAGAAGACCAGAACGUCAUUGCAGUUCGCAGCGCACUAAAGCCAAGCAAGCUAAGCUCCUACCCAAGGUGAGUGCGAACAAAUUUCGCCACUGCAGCCUUGCUUCUGCAACACUUGUGCGUUUCAGAAGCAUGCAGCGCUGCGUCUCCAGGCUGUGUACACUGUUUUUGUCGUUGCGUUCUAUCAUGUCGUUUUUGCUGAUUCUCUCCUUUGCCCAAGGAUGCACUGGGAAUUUUGUUCGUUCCUUUUCCAGAACAAAGCAUGCUUCUUGUAUUCUGCUUGAAGAAUGGCUGUUCUUUGCCUUUCUGUUGUCCGUGUCAGCCCAGCCCAUCACUCACUGGCAAGACUCUGCCGGAAACCGCGAGUGCCCUGGAACAUCAAGAGCCUGCUUACGAGAAGCAUCCGUUCUACCGGCUGCCAAUUGCCGGUCCAGCGGAGGAAAUCGAGCCAUUACGGAUUUCGCUCUAACAGUUGCUGCACCAGCCGCUGGGGCUGCUGCGAAGCUUGACCCUAUUCGACAGUUAUUUCUAAAACCGCAGCUCUCUGGAAAAGAUAUGCAAGAACUUGUACGUCAUGGUGAACAGCUGACGGCAUAUGCUCAAAAGUACUUGACGAAAAACAUCUCAUUGAAAUCAAAUUGGCGACUCUCGGAAUCAAUGGCUCGUCGCUUCCUUGUGGCAGAUGCAUUGUGGUGCGUUUGUAACAUUGUAGGCCCUGCAAUGCACAGAGAGCAAUGGUGGAAUCAAAUUUUAGACAAGAUUUCAGGCCAUGAAGCUUUAGUGGAUCACGUAAAUUCGCUGAGUAGCCCUUAUGGGCCUACGUUUUUAGCUCGAGUUGUUGCUGCUUUGGAACAAUACAAGAGAGGCAACCGGCCAUCGCCGAGAGAGGUUGUAGAGUUGAAAAUGCGAAUACUUCGUCUUCCGUGCGUCACCGAUGAGUUUAGAAGACCUAGCUGGGACCCCUGGAGAAGUGACGACAAACAGUUCAGAGACAUUUCUUGA